UGCGGCGCAGGCGCAGAGGGCGCGGUGGGGCGGGCGGUGCAGCAGGACCCCCGGGUGGCGGUGGGACCGGCCGGGCUGGCGGCGAGAGUCCAGGGAGCUCUGGCUCACGUGACCUGCUGGGGGCGGGGGGCGCGCUCCGUCCUCCGGCGGUGUGCUUGCCUGGCCGGGGGCUGGCGACGCGCGGAGCGGCAGCGGGGAGGGGACGCGGCCACCCGCCCGUCGCCAGAGGCUGCCGCUGAGGCUGCUGUGCCGCGUCCACCGCGGUCUCCGGACUCGACGACCCGCGAGAGAAAUGUUGCUGAGGUGCCGCCGGAAGGGCCAGGAGUGCGAGGAUCUGGGACGCAUUUUGAACCUUUAAGCGGUCUGACAUUGACCUCCUGUCACUGUUAAUAAGGAAGAAGCGGGAGCUUAGGACGCAUUAGCACCGGCUCGCGGCGGCUCCGCGGCGGCUCGGCGCCGGCAGGGGCCGGCCUGGCGCCCCCGCCCCCGGGACAGUUCCAUGUCGCGCUCGCCCGCGCUGCGCCUCGAUGGAGGAGGGGUUGCUGAGCGUGCGGGAGGAGCGCUCCUUCCACGUCCGCUACAGGAUGGAAGCUUCUUGCCUGGAACUGGCCUUGGAAGGGGAGCGGCUGUGCAAGUCGGGGGACUGUCGCGCCGGCGUGUCGUUCUUCGAGGCUGCGGUCCAGGUGGGGACCGAGGACCUGAAGACGCUCAGCGCCAUUUACAGCCAGCUGGGCAACGCCUACUUCCACCUGCACGAUUAUGCCAAAGCCCUGGAAUACCACCAUCACGAUCUCACUCUUGCAAGGACUAUUGGAGACCAGUUGGGGGAAGCUAAAGCUAGUGGUAACCUGGGCAACACCUUAAAAGUUCUUGGGAAUUUUGACGAAGCCGUAGUUUGUUGUCAGCGACACUUAGAUAUUUCCAGAAAACUCAAUGACAAGGUGGGAGAAGCGAGGGCGCUGUACAACCUGGGCAACGUGUACCACGCCAAAGGGAAGAGCUUCGGGGCCCCCGGCCCUCAGGACGCCGGGGACUUUCCAGAAGAAGUGCGCAGCGCCCUGCAGGCCGCCGUGGACUUUUACGAGGAAAACCUCUCGCUGGUGACGGCGCUGGGCGACCGCGCCGCCCAGGGGCGCGCCUUUGGGAACCUGGGGAACACGCACUACCUCCUCGGCAACUUCAGGGACGCGGUCAUAGCGCAUGAGCAGCGCCUCCUUAUUGCAAAGGAAUUCGGGGACAAGGCAGCGGAAAGAAGAGCGUACAGCAAUCUUGGGAACGCAUACAUAUUUCUCGGUGAAUUUGAGAUGGCCUCUGAGUACUACAAAAAGACGCUGCUGCUGGCCCGGCAGCUGAAGGACAGAGCCGUGGAGGCGCAGUCCUGCUACAGCCUCGGCAACACGCACACCUUGCUGCAGGACUACGAGAAGGCCAUCGACUACCACCUGAAGCACCUGGCCAUUGCUCAGGAGCUGAAGGACAGGAUCGGUGAAGGAAGAGCGUGCUGGAGUCUGGGGAACGCGUACACAGCCCUAGGAAACCACGACCAAGCCAUGCACUUUGCUGAAAAGCACUUGGAGAUUUCAAGAGAGGUCGGGGACAGGAGCGGGGAGCUGACGGCGCGGCUGAACCUCUCAGACCUGCAGAUGGUGCUCGGCCUGAGCUACAGCACAGACAAUUCGGCCGUGUCUGAAAACGUCGAAAUCGACAACAGCGUGCACAGCGCGCGCCCCAAGUCCGGGCGCCGGCACAGCAUGGAGAACAUGGAGCUGAUGAAGCUGACGCCGGAAAAGGUACAGAACUGGAACAGCGAAAUUCUUGCUAAACAAAAACCUCUCAUUGCCAAACCAUCUGCAAAGCUCCUCUUUGUCAACAGAUUGAAGGGGAAAAAAUAUAAAACUAGUUCCUCCGCUAAAGUUCUCCAAGAUGCCAGCAACUCCAUUGAGCACCGAAUUCCGAACUCCCAGAGGAAACUCAGCGCAGAGACUAUUGGAGACGAAGGGUUCUUUGACCUGCUAAGCCGAUUUCAGAGCAACCGGAUGGACGACCAGAGGUGCUGCCUGCAAGAGCGGAGCUGUGGGCCCACUCCCCCGCGAGGGGCGCUAAAACCACUGUCUGUCCCCGUGGUGUCCCCCAACACGGAUGAGUUCCUGGACCUCCUUGCCAGCUCCCAGAGCCGCCGCCUGGACGACCAGAGGGCCAGCGUCAGUAACUUGCCGGGGCUCCGCCUCACUCAGAACAACAACCAGUCAGUCCUGGGCCACCUGAUGACCGAUGACAGCAAAGAGCCCGACGAAGACUUCUUUGACAUCCUUGUAAAAUGUCAGGGGUCCAGGCUGGACGACCAGAGAUGCGCUCCACCACCUGCCGCCGCCAAGGGGCCGACGGUACCCGAUGAGGACUUUUUCAGCCUUAUUCUGCGGUCGCAGGCGAAAAGAAUGGAUGAACAGAGAGUUCUUUUACAAAGAGAUCAAAACAGAGACACUGACCUUGGGCUAAAGGACUAUUUGCGAAGCAAUGAUCCACUAGACUUUAAAAAUUCAGGAAAAAAAUAAGCAAACCACUAGUUACUAUGGGUAGAUUUUUAAAAAGCGACCCUAUUUCCUUUCAGAACACUGAAAGGAAAUUCAACCUAUUUCUUUUUCCUUAAAAGGAGAAACGAUAGCACUGUAAUGUAGCUUAUGAUGUUUUAGAAUGAUGUAAAUAUUUAACCCCUGUGGUCCAGUGUGAGCGAACUCGGGACACUCACGUGCUCCAGGGUGGUGGUGUCUCUCAAGGUGCUUCGUCCACUCGUGUGCUUUCUGCUGGGGACUGUUCUUUGGUGACCUGUCCUAUGCUCUCGUUACCUGUGUUGGAAAGUAGAAGCUUAAAGGAAUCCUGGAGGACAAUUUAAUCCCCUUGAUCAGAUAAGUUUUUUAAAGUCUUCAUUGACAAUGGCAUUUUUAAAAUACUUAAUCGUCAAUGUAGAGAGAAAUUAUGCUGUCUUGUAAUAAUGUACUUGAACAUGUAAAGUCAUAUAGUCUCAUUAAAAAACAAAAACAAAAAGGUUUACUCCCCCAAGAAAAUCUACUUUCAAUAUAUUUUUAGGCCAAAGCCAUUAUAAAAGAGACUUCAGAAAUAAACUUCUUUUUACCACACGUGGGCCCUUCGCUUCAUGAAAAAACACAGCCACGAGCC